AUGUUUAAUAAAAAAUUUAAAAAACAAGUUUCUAUUUCUUUUCAAGAUCAGGAUAAUAAAGAAUAAAUAGAUAAUACUGCAUAAUCCAAUACGAACUAAAUAAAGAAACCUAAAAAUCGGUUGAACUAUGAUGAGGAGGAAAAUACAGAUUAAAUUAAAAAAUAUGUGAAAGUAGAAAAUAAACCAAUAGUAGAAGCUCAGAAAGAUGUGAUUCAAAUAGAGAAUUACGAGUAUCUAAAGGAGUUAGAAGAGGAAAAUAGAAUGAAUAAUUACUUAGCUAAAAAGAGUUUGGAAAAUGUAGAAGAAAUCAAUAUUAUAGAUUUAGAAAAUGAUGGAAUUUAUGAGGAUGAUCAGCCAGUAAGGAGAAAUUAAAAUCAAUAAAAUGUAAUUAUAAUAGACGAAACAGACAAUAAUUUAAUUACUGAUAUGGAUAACAAGAGGAUGAAUAUGAUAGGAAUAGCUAAAUAAUAGAAGCUUUUUUAUGAACAUAAUUCAGAUGAUGAGGAAUUCAAUAGGUUUGAGAAAAAUAUCAUCAAAUCGAAUAAAGUUUCAUAUGACUAUGCGAACAACGGGUUUAAGACUUUCAAUUUUAAUGAUUCCCAAUAGAUGCAUUAUUGCAGUUUUAUGGACAACUUCUCUUAAAUAAAUUUGGAAUAAAUUAUCGGAAAUCUAUAGACUCUCAUAUCUUAAGAGAAUUUCAAAAGAGACAGAUUGCAAAAGGAAUUAGAGAGAUCAACAUCAGCCAUUCAUUCUAGUGAGAUGCUAAUAAAGAAUUGGUUAGAAUAGAACUAGGAGUUAUAGAAGCAAUUAAGGGAGUUUGAAUUAGUAAAUGAAUAUUUUCAAUGUUUCAAUGAUAUGUCAAAGUAGAAGAUACCAACUCUAUUUAAAUUAUAUGAUGAAUUCGAUGAAAUGCGUGAUGAAUAUUACAAUUUGAUUGAGGCAAGAAUUGAGGAAGAAUAAUUGAUAUUCUCUGAAUUAUUUUAGGGAUUGCCAAAUGAUAUCAUUCUCAAUUAUGCUAAGGAUAUUUGUUUACAUAUGGAUGACGUAGAUGAAGAGUAUGCAGAUUUGGAGAAGAUUUGCAAGAAUUACUUUAACGUAAUGUUUGUUAUACCAAAUGUCAAAGUCUUAUAGCCAAUUUUCGAUUAUCAUGUUCUAGUGAGAUUCAUAGAGUUGUAUUGUGAGAACAUGGAUGAUUGUGAAUCUGAUUUAUUUGAGGGUUUGGUUUCUGAUUAAUACUUACUCUGUUAAUUGAUAAUGCAAUGUAGAUUCAUUAAAGGAUUAUUAACACUAAAUCCAAUUCAAACCAAAUUUAUCCAACAAUUUUUCAGAUCCAUUUUAAAACACACCUACUAAUUUUUAAAAUAAUCAAAUACCGAAGAAGCCCAACAAUGUUUGAAUUAUAUUAAAUCAUUGCUUGAUUCAGUGUUAAAAUCAAUAUACAAAAAGCCUUGUAUUUAUGGGCCACAGAUAGUCGAAUACUUAAGUUUGAUGAAAGAUAUCCUUCCUAAAGAUACAAUUGAAAAGCUAAUCAAAAAUUUUUAAUGA